AUGAGUUGCUGGUUAGUUACCUGCAGCACACGCGGCUCAUCCGAACGCGAGGAAUUAUAUUCUUUACUGCGUAAAAGUUUGUUCAAGGAAAAACUAGUAAACGAUGUAACAAUAUUCGAUGUAUCUAAGAAUAUGCGUUUUGGGUCUUUUGAUGACCUUUUGCGAUGUGCUGAUGACUUAGGUCGUUAUGAUGACUUUAUUGAAGAUGCUCUUAAGAAAGCAGAGAGGUUAUAUGUUGAAUUAUGCCCAAAUACACAUCUAUCAAUCACGCAUAGAAGGCAAAUAUACUCAAAACAAGAGUUCAUAAACCGAUUCAUGUGGAACGAGGCGUUAUACCCACCUACUAGAUCAAUAAGGGACAAUUUGGAAACAAUAUGUACGAACGUGGAGAAGUUGAAGGAUGAUUUGACUGCAAAGGCUAUCGCAUUUUCGGAACUUAAGCAUAAAAAGGACAUCACGGGACACGAAGUAGAUGCUAGUGGUUUGACGCUUUUGUUCAAACCAGAACUAGUUAAACAAGAAGAUUUCAUAGAUACGGAGCAUAUCACAACUGUUGUGGUAAAAGUCCCGUCAAAUUCUGUCGAUCUAUUUCUAAAUAGUUACGAAACGCAUAGUACAAAUGUUGUACCCAGGAGUGCGAAACAGUUUCACAUUGAACGAUCCGAAUUCACUAUAUGGCGGGUUUUCGUAUUUAAAACUUCGGCACAAAGUUUUAUAACCACCUGUGCCAAAAAGGGCUGGGGAGCUACCAAAUUUAUCUACUCAAAGGAAAUGUAUGAACAAGUUUGCCAAUCAAAAUCCAAAUUGGAAGCGGAGACGGGUAGGCAAGAGACCUUCCUAAUCCGGAUAUACCACAUAGCUUAUUCCGAACUAUUUUCUUCCUGGAUCCAUUUGAAAGCAAUGCGGUUAUUUUGCGAAUCCGCCUUACGAUAUGGGCUGCCCGUUGAAUUUGCUGCGUUUGCCAUUUGGCCAUUGGACAACAAAACGGAAAAAGAUAAGGCAAUCCACAAAAUAUUGUGUCGGAUUCUGGGUAAAAAAGAACAUUUUUCCAGUGAUCAAAUGUUGACCUGUGAGGAUUUACCUUAUGUCCAUUUGUCCUUCCACAUCUCCCACUGA